AUGUCAGUGAUACGAAAACAUGGUCAGCAUCACUCACAGCGACCAUAUGACCCACCAGAAGGCAAUUCACCCAAAUCAGGGCUGUUUAACAAAGUGAGAGGGUUUCUCUUUGGAGACAUCAACAAGGACCAGCAGUCUAUUUCUAAUAGUCAAUCCCAAGUUUCAACUUUUAAUCGGUCUGCACAAAUAACGCAGGAAAGACCGCCUAUCUCUCCAGCUUUGUUUAAGAAGGUGAACCAAUCAAACACUUCCAUUUUGCCAUCGUCUCCUGUGUUUUCAACCUUGGUAGACGACGUCUCCAUUCAGCAGUCCCCUAGUGCCAGAUUGGCUAAGUUUUUCACAGAGAAAGGUGACCAGCCGUUGUCAGAUGUUGAGAUACAAGGUGUUCUUUCGCUAAUGAAUCAGUCAGCCAGAUAUCAAGAUGACACCAGAACGUCACAGAGUACUCCUAAAAUUCUGCGUCCCCAAACUGUUGAACCAAUAAAAUCGACUCCAAAAUAUAAACCAUCGUUCAAUUCUCCUGCAAACAAAUCCAUGGAUGUGUAUUCUACAAGAAAGAAAAGGCUAGUUGAGUUUUCCAGUUUACCGUCUCCAUAUCGUGUUCGCAUUUCAUCCCCCUUGGCUACUCUUAUUUCCAAACAGGAAACCAAAAAAAUAGAAGAGGUUGCAAAAAAAGAACCCCCAAAGCAACUUAGUGGAACAGCAAAUGCGUUAGAAGGUUUAUUGAAUCAAAACCAAAAGGAAGCAAACCCCAAGCCGGAAGUUUCCAGGUUUGCCAACCCGUAUGUGUCAGGAUUAAAGAAGUUGAACAAAAUCAAUGGCAUUCCUAAACCUCCUAUCUCACAGCCCGUCAAGGUUGUAGAAAAGGUGCAGGAAAAACCAAAGAUCAGCAUUUUGGAGAAAAUGCAGCAAACAGCACCAAAGGAUGAUUUAUUCGGAAAGAAGAAUGACCAAGAACAGGCACCAGCCACUGUUCUAUCAAAGCCGGAAGUACCUGCACAAGCUCCAAUCUUUACUCCGCAAACUGCUAAGGAAGAACCCAAGAAAUUGACUCCACCUUCAACAGUGGAGACGGAAAAAUCAGCUACCAAACCUGUUUUCAAUGCACAAUCAACAGCACCCAUAUCUGAGGCAGUCACUACAGAAACCAAGCCAUUAUUCUCAUUCACCCCAAGCACUCAGUUUUCCAAGCCACCAUCUAUUCAGCCAUCCAAUGGGUUCUCUCUUACUAAGAAUGAGCCUAUCGCACAAGCUCCCAAGAGUUCAGAAUCCGAGGAGUUUUCCCGAGAAUCUACCCAAGAUUCCUCCAAAUCUCAUCAGCCACCAGUACCUGUACUCUUAUCUCAAAACAAAUUUUCAUCCACUGAGUACCACUUUCCCACAGUGGAAUCCAAAACGCUCCAACUUGACUCCUCCAAGGUGGCUCAAUUUGAAAGCUCGUUCGUCUUUUAG